AUGUCUUUCAGCCAGCUCUCUAGUUUAACUCCUAAAGAUAAGCUGAAAACAAUUUGUGUGAAAGUAUCAAGAAAAUGGGAGUUUCGAGGGCUUAACGAUGAUGGACCUCUGCAGCAUGUUGAUCUAGUGCUUGUAGAUGAUCAGGGUAAUUCUAUUUAUGCUGAGAUCCCAGCAUCUGAGGCAGAAAGACACAGCUCAACUCUUGAAGAAGGGAAAAUAUAUAUUAUGAGCAGAUUCAGAGUUUGCAAUGCCAAGAAUUAUUGCAAGUCUUUACCAGGCCCUUACAUGUUGGAGAUUACAUGCCACACUCGGAUUAAUUUAGCACGUGAAACAGCAACAUUUCCAGACUUGCAUGGAAGUGACAUAGCAAUAAGACGUGUUGGUACUCCUCUUGUUGAUGCAACUCAACCAGCGCCUAGACCUGUUGCGCAAAGUAUGACUUUACAAAAAAUGCAGGAGAUCGAUCCAUAUGAAUUUCCAGAAAAAGGUUGCACAUGUACUGUCACAAUCUCAAGGUUGAUUGACGAUCGAACAUGGUGGUUUCCUUCGUGCAACUUAUGCAACAGAUCUUACAAAGCUGAUGGUGCAGACUAUACAUGUUAUGAAUGUGGCACAACUAACAAAUAUACAUACAAGUACAAACUAUGUUUCAUUGCCACUGAUGGGACUGAUGAAGCUGAAAUGAUAUGUUUUGCUAUAGUUUCUUCAAAGUUCACUCUCGCUGAAGAAGACACAAAUGCAGAUACAGCUGCACAAAACUUAUCACCCAAUACCAAUAACUCUGAAGAUGUUGUUCAUGCUGGUGUUAAAAGAGGAGCUACAGAAUCAGAACCACUUACUGUCCCCAAAGCUACAUCCUCCAAGGGAUUACGAAGCCAGAAGAAAUAA